AUGACUUUGGAGGCAAUCCGCUACUCGCGGGGCUCACUGCAGAUCCUCGACCAGCUGCUGCUGCCCCAGCAGAGCCGCUAUGAGGCGGUGGGCUCGGUGCGCCAGGCCUGGGAGGCCAUCCGCGCUAUGAAGGUGCGCGGCGCCCCAGCCAUUGCCCUCGUGGGCUGCCUCAGCCUCGCCGUGGAGCUGCAGGCGGGCGCCGGGGGAGCUGGCCUUGCCGCACUCGUGGCCUUCGUCCGGGACGCGCUGAGCUUCCUUGUCACCGCCCGGCCCACCGCCGUCAACAUGGCCCGCGCCGCCCGGGACCUGGCCGACCUCGCGGCCCAGGAGGCGGAGCGGGAGGGCGCAACGGAGGCGGCGGUCCGAGAGAGAGUGAUCUGCUGGGCCGAGGACAUGCUGGAAAAAGACCUCCGGGACAAUCGGAGCAUCGGGGACCUGGGAGCCCACCACAUCCUAAAGCGGGCAGCACCCCAGGGUGGCAAGGUGACUGUGCUGACCCACUGCAACACUGGUGCGCUGGCCACCGCUGGCUAUGGCACAGCCCUAGGUGUGAUCCGCUCACUGCAUAACCUGGGCCGUCUGGAGCACGCCUUCUGCACGGAGACCCGGCCCUACAACCAGGGAGCCCGGCUGACGGCCUUCGAGCUGGUCUACGAGCAGAUCCCUGCCACCCUCAUCGCUGACAGCAUGGCGGCAGCCGCCAUGGCCCACCGAGGCGUGUCAGCUGUUGUUGUGGGAGCCGACCGCGUGGUUGCCAAUGGUGACACAGCCAACAAAGUGGGCACCUACCAGCUAGCCAUCGUGGCCAAGCACCACGGCAUCCCCUUCUUUGUGGCUGCCCCCAGCUCCUCGUGUGACCUCCACCUGGAGACAGGCCAGGAGAUCGUCAUUGAGGAGCGUCCCGGCCAGGAGCUGACCAACAUCAAUGGGGUCAGGAUUGCGGCACCAGGAAUUGGAGUUUGGAAUCCUGCCUUUGAUGUCACCCCCCACGACCUCAUCACUGGUGGCAUCAUCACAGAGCUGGGCGUCUUUGCCCCGGAGGAGCUCCAGGCAGCCCUUAGUACCACCAUCUCCUGA